CCAAGCCAGAGCCAGUCCAACCAGUCAGCUGUGUUAUCUCGGUGCUGUCGGCUGUGCGAUUCUCCUCUCCAAGACUUCCUUACAAAAAUCAUAAAAAAUGGCACUGUGGCGGACCAUAGGCCUAUCGUCCAGAGGCACUGUGGCACGGUGUAGUCUGCAGAAUUCGUCCACAAGGAGUCUGUCCGCGGCUACGAACCAGGAACCGGUUUACGAACUACGAACAUACACAGUUUAUCCAGAUAAGAUGCGGGAGUACCUGAGCCUAACCAGCGAGGAAUUCCACUUGCGAACAGCCCACUCGAAGGUCCUGGGCUUUUGGACCUCCGAGAUCGGCGGGCUGAACCAGGUCGUUCACAUAUGGGAGUACGAGAGUCUGGCCCACCGAUCCACCGUAAGGGCGAAAUUAGCAGGCGACAAAGAGUGGAUAAGCAGAUAUGUGAGCCGAGUGGCCGGGAUGUGGCAACAACAGGAUAACAGCCUCAUGACCCUCCUACCUGGCACCUCCCUGGCACUCCCAAGUGGCACUGGCGUCUACGAGCUCCAGACGGUGACCCUGCAGGGCGCGGGGUGGUCCGGCGCCCUCAGGAACUACGUGAGGGCGUGCAGGGAAGGCGAGGGCGCGCGGGCGGUCGAGGGAACGGCGCUGGUCGGGGCGUGGAAGGGCGUGCUGGGACCGGCCAGCACGGCGGUCCUUCUGUGGCGCCACCAGGGGCCCGACUCCUGCGUGGCGCUCAGGGGCGUCUUGGAGUCCCUGGCUGAAGAUUCUUCGCUGACCCCACACCUCAGGUCGGGUCACUCGAAGCUCAUCCUUCCCCAUGCAGUGUCGCCUCUUCAGUGACCUUUACGAAGUGACCUGACCUUUCCGAUAUUUUUUCUUAGAGAUGUUAGGGAAUUAGUUGUCAAGAAAC